GCGGCCAAAGUUGGACACGAACUUCUGUGUGUCCAGGUGCAAGCCUAUCUGGCUGCCAAUCAAAGCACAUCGGUUCGCAGCUUACCGCGCAAAGGUGCUUCAGCUCUUGCCGCAGCGCGUGCUCCAGCAGUACAUCGACUUCGAGAAGCAGGGGCAGUAUUCCGCCUGCAUCAAGCUUCUGGAGUCUGCCACUCCUGGGAGUCUGAACGUGCUAAGCCCCGCCACUAUGGUCAGCGGCAAGCCGCUGUUGGUCGAGACGGUGCUGCAGCUCAUAGUUGGCUAUUCGGGGCUAUGCCUCAAGAACCAGCAGGGAAGCGUGGCGGUCAAGCUCAUUACCCAGGUCCUGGACAACAUGAGCUUGUCACUCCGCGACCUGCAUCCGGGCCAUCGCACCGUGCUGGAGGCCUAUCUCUUCGAUACCGCCCUGAGCGUUUGCUACUACAUGCCCAAUGACGUGACCCUCGCAGACCGGUCGCAGUCUUUCUUCCAGCAGGCGUCUGAACGAUACCUUCGCCUGGGCCACGUCAACCGCUACUGCAAGUGUUGUCUUCGCGCUGCUGCUGUGCUGCACCUGCAGGGUAGCAAGUCUGAGGCGGAGUACUACACCCAGCAGGCCUUGAACAAGCUCAGUGAUGCUCCGGUUUCAUCACUGCUGGCCAUCUGCUACCACAACCUGGCGGUCCACACUGUCGUGCAGCACAGGGUCGCAGAUGCCGUGGCACAUGUGAGGUCGUAUGUUGCCCUGUUGCGUCAGCUCCCCAAGCUCGGCAACUCCUGGAUGCAGCUUUUGGAUAACACCCAAUGGCUCAUCCUCAAGGCGCAGGAGCUGUGGCCGCAGCACCAGCAGCAGAACGGCAUCCGGGACUCGCAGCUGAUCUCGACGCGAUGA